UCACUUUUGUUUUGAAUGCAGAUCACAGUUUGCUCCCCAUCCAGCAGAAGAACUUCCACCCAUCCUCUUCCUCCCACCCUGGCCAACAACCCACGAGCGGCGGCGGCCUCGCCUCUCCAUCUCCCGGCCGCCGCCGCCUCUUUCCCCGGCGAGAGUCAGGCUCGACCAGCCCGGCCGGUAUUUAAGCGGGGCAGGCCGCGGGCCGCGCCACUAACCGGGCCGCGCGGAACAGCGGCGAGAAGCAGCAGAGCAGCCGCCGCCGCCGCCACUCAGUCCCCUCCUCCUCCUUCUCCUCAGGCCGGCGGGGAAGAAGGAACAGGAAAGGGAGGGCGAGGAGGAAGGACGGGCCUCUCUCCUCCGCCGCCGCUGCUUCCCUGGCCCGGCGGCCGAGUUCUUUCCCCUCACGCCGCCCGCUCUCUCGCCGCCUCGCCCCGCUGCUGCCAUGUUGGAUCGCUCGGCCCGAGCCGGGGCGAAGCGGGGCGUUUGAGGGGGGGGGGGAGAGUGAAGCGAGAGGCCGAGGAGGAGGAGGAAGGGCUCCGGCCUAGAGCUCGCCCGGCCCCCUCAGCGCCGUCUCCGGUCGCCGCCCCGAUGCUGCCGCCGCCGCCGCAGUAGCCAGCGGGGCGGAAGCGGCUGCCGCUGCUGGUCGAGAGCCGGGGGGACGCGGCCGCCGCCGCCACGAGAGCCCGGAGCCCCGGAGCAGAAGCGGCCGGCCGGCAUCUCGGAGCGGCGCGAUGAG